AUGGAUAAAAGUUAUGUGAAAUCUAUCUUAGAAGGAUUAAAAUCGACGUCUUCAACGCGCGUACAGGAAACGUUGCUCAAGAUAAGAAGUAAAAUAACUACUAAUGAUGAAGGUAUUAAGCUGUUUCGGCAGAGUGGUGGACUGGACUAUUUACUGCCCCAUUUGCGUAAACCUAAUGAAAGAAUCCUUGAUAUCACGCUUAGCAUACUUGGAAAUUGUUGCUUAGAGGAAGAAAGCAGCUUAAAGGUUGGAAAAUUAAAUAGUUUUGGACCGUUGGUGGCUAUAUUGAAGACAGUGUGCCGUGAUAGCAUUGUAGGCCGAGCUUGCCGAGUAAUCGGCAACUUGGCACAAAGGAUGAGCAAUGCAGAGGGCUUGCACAAUCAUGGCACUGUUGCAGCACUCGUCACUCUCAUUGAAAAUAGAGACAAAAAUACAUCUUGUGCCACAUUAAGUAUGGCUGUUAGAGCAAUAAGACAACUAUGGAUGGUGGUAGACAAAAGAGAAGAAAUGCUUACCCAGAAUGCUGUGAGAUGCAUAGCCAUAUUACUUACAACAGAGUGUGAUGCAGCUGGCAUCAUAAAGUCCUCUAACAAUGCUUUAAAAGAAACAGAUGGGCUUAGGAAAAGUCAGGAAGAACUAAUCACUGGAAUAUUAAAAUGCCUUGGCUAUUUUACUACUCAUUCAUCUAUUCAAUGUGCAGAACAGAUCCAAGGAGAUGGGAGAGGUUAUCAAUGCUUGGUGGCCCUGACAAAGUCUUUUGAGUCUUUAGCACUCAAGUGCCUCAUGAACCUUUGCUACCUGUCCUCUUGCAGGCCUUUACUUGGUACUGCUGGCUUGGUGGAGUGUCUUGUGGGGAUAUUGCAAAAGACUUCAGGUGUAUCUUGGUGGCCUGAAGGUGCUGCCAAAGCUUUAGCUCAGCUCAGUGGUGAAGCAGUGAACAGGUCCAGAUUGAGGCACAGUGGUGGCCUGGCCCUGCUAGUGGCAGCAGCUCGAGUCAAUCCAUUUGCAAUGCAUGCGUUGUUGCAGUAUGUGUUUGAUGAUACAGCAUUCCAAAUACUUGUAAAUGAAGGUCUCAUAGGUCUAUUGACUGAUGAACUUACAAAUUAUUUAACAACUAUGGAUUAUGAACAUAAUAACUUGGAACAUGCAGAUAUGUUAAGUGAGGCUGUAGAUUUGCUCAAAGUAAAAGAGAAAACAAUCUCCAACACUAAGGCAGAUCAUGUUACUCAAAAAACUUUUAUUGCCACUGUGAGUGCUUCAGAACCUGAUGUAAAUAAAUUGAAAUCUCGAAACAAAAAGCAAUUAACAUUGAAAACUGAAGAUGAGUUGAAAGUAGUUAUAGAAAGAGAUAACAUGAUUGUUGGUUUUGUGGACGCCAUCGACGAUAGCGAUGCGAGCGACGAGAGCCUAAGUGAAGACGAACACGCGUUGCCUAGACGUAAGUGCCUAAAAAGAGCUAGGUCGGGGAGUCCUAAAGUUGCCAAAAAAAAAUCACAACUCAUCAAAAUGGCAAGCAAAGAUUGGGCAGCUGGAGUGUACUGGGAACCUAAAAGCCCUGAAUGGCCUUUGAAUAUGCAGCCAUCAACGUCGCGCGCGCCAUUGAGUCCCGAUAGAUCCGACCAAGGGCAGAUGUCGCCUUAUUCCGACGGAAAUGCGUCGGGCUUUAGUCCAGAAUAUGCUGGUGGAUCCAGUAACAAGAGGCCUAGAUGGGAUUGGAGUCCCGAAUCAGGAGUUAGCAGCGGCGAUGCGAGUCCGUACUGGAACAACUAUCAAUGGAGUCCUAGCAGCUCUGGUCCCACAUCACCUUUUAGUGUCAAUGAGGAUAGUUCCGACUCCGAGAUAUCAGGACGUUACUCGCCGGUAUGCAGCGACACAGAGGGCGACUCUGUAGAAAUGUCGGUGGCUGCUAGUGCCACAGCUGAGUUAGACGCCGCGCAGGUCGCGCAAGACCUCGACGAGCUUAUCAUGGAGGAUGACGAAAGUGUCGAUGGGGAAACUCCGUUAGAAGAAGCCGCGUCAAAACUAGACACCAACACAAAGACAUCCCGUAUAGCGUGCGUCCUAGUGCUCCUAUUCCGCGUGUCUCACGGCGCGUGCACCCAAACUGGGGGCGCCCGCGAGGAAGCCGCGCCCAACCACACCUUGGAUAUGCUGACGGGCCGAGAGUGCCUCAACGCGUUGCUGGAUUAUGUCGAGAGGUGCAAGCGACCUCUGGGGCGAGCGGCCCGGAUACUUGCCAGAGUUCUAAGCAAUGCAUUGUGUUUGAUGAGCAUCCUAAAACACAGACUAGCCUUACGAUUACACAGCAUGUCAGUUAAUUCAAAACAUCCACCCACAAAAUGUCAACAGUGUAAACAAAUACUAAGACUAAGUGCGAAACUGCUGAAACAAUUAACAAUCCUGGCAGAAUCCAAUUAUGGAAUUGGUGAAAUUAGUUAUCAGCUUUUAAAAGGCAGUUGCACUAUGAAGCAAACAUUGGCUUUGACGUUACCUUAUAUCGUUAGAACCGAAAAACCAUUGAAGAAGUACUUCAUUGACUGUAGUGGCUUAAAUUGUUUAUUUACGAUCAUAUCCGAUUCUAAAGAAGACAUACAAGAUUGUGUGACUGCUCUUGCAAAGUUGGCUACAAAUGUGCAUAUCAAGGAUCCAAAAUCCCUGGAAAAGAGGUUUAAAGAUCAUGUCUAUGUGAGCUAUGACCCAAUUUUAGACAAUCUCUCUGCCGAUGAAAUAGUGAUAUUUCAACUAGACGACUUGUCUACUGUACAGGCAAAUAAGGUGUUUCUGUGCCAGAAUUCAGAAUAUUUCAGUGCUAUGUUAAUGGGAUGUUUCAAAGAGUCUAUUGAAAAAUGCGUCAAAUUGUCCGAUGUCUCAAGACCAGCUCUUGAAUAUUUACUUACUCUAUUGCACUGUGGUAUUAAUAAUCCAAAAUGUGAUGUGCAAGUGUUUCCUAUGGCUGAAACCUUAGAAACUAAUUUAGAAGUCCUUUUGUUGGCUGAUAGAUAUUUGUUUGACAAACUCAAAGAGUUACUCAGCAGUGCUAUUUUACAGUUCCAAAUGACACCAGAAAAUGCUGAUAAAAUUUAUAUUUGGUCUCUGAGUAAAGGUAUGGGAUUUUUGUGUGUUGAAUCAGUUGCCUAUUUAUUAACUGGGAAAAUGUGCGAGAAGUUACGUACACAGUCAUUUAGUACAAUAUUAAGCCUGGAAUACAAAGACCAGUGGCUAGACGAUAUUAAAUCUAUGAUCAAAAGGCAAUUAGUUAAAUAAUUUGGUUUGUUCUCUUCAACACAUAUUUAACAAUAGUUUUAAAAUACGAAAUAUCGCA